CAAAUCUCCGUCUCGCGCUUUGUUUGGGAGUGUUCAACAACACCGCCGCCUUAACAACACCGCCUCAUCAUCGUCUUCAUCGACACCACGUCUCUUGCUGCCCCUCGUCUCAUCGUUCUCGUCUCAUCGUUCUCCGCGUCGUCUCCGCAGAGAUGUGCGGCUGUGUACUGGGGCAGCUGGCCUGCUGCUGCGGCUCGGCCGCCUGCUCGCUGUGCUGCAGCUGCUGCCCGGGCAUCAAGACGUCGACGGGCACGCGCAUCAUGUACACGCUGUACCACGUGCUGGGCACCGUCGCGUGCUGCCUCAUGCUCUCCCCCACCGUCUCCGAGUUCCUCAAGGAACACAUCCCCUUCUACGCCGAUCUGUGCCAAAAGAUCAACGCGGGCGACGACUGCGAGCGGCUGGUGGGCUACUCGGCCGUCUACAAGGUGUGCUUCGGCAUGGCGGUCUUCUUCUUCCUCUUCUCGCUCUUCCUCAUCAACGUGAAGAAGAGCAGCGACUGCAGAGCCUCCGUGCACAACGGGUUCUGGUUCAUCAAACUGGUGGUGCUCAUCGCCAUAUGUGCUGGGGCCUUCUUCAUUCCGGAUCAGGACAACUUCAUUAAAGUGUUCAUGUACGUGGGGGUCGUUGGAGGUUUCCUUUUCAUCAUCAUCCAGCUGAUUCUGCUGGUCGACUUCACACACAGCUGGAACAAAAACUGGACGUCCGGCAUCGAGAGCAACAAGUGCUGGUACCUGGCGCUGGGCUCAGUCACGCUGGUCUUCUACAGCGUCGCCGUGGUCUCCUCCAUCCUUAUGCUGGUCUACUACACGCACUGGGACGGCUGCACGUUCAACAAGAUGCUCAUCGGCGUCAACGUGACGCUGUGCGCCCUCGCGUCGGCGCUCGCCAUCUCUCCCUGCGUGCAGAAACACCAAAGCAAUUCGGGGUUGCUCCAGGCGUCCAUCAUCUCCUGCUAUGUCAUGUACCUCACCUUCUCUGCCGUCUCCAGUCGCCCGGCAGAGAACCUCGUAGUGGACGGGCAGAACGUGAAGAUCUGCCUGCCGAGCGUCACCGAGUCCGGCCUCAAGAUGAGCGACGCGGCCGUGGCUGUGGUUGGCGCCAUCAUCAUGUACGGCUGCGUGCUCUUCGCGUGCCUCCGCUCCACCACUCGCUCCUCCACAGCCGCCCUGGGUGUCAGCCAGCCGUACAGCAGUGUCAGCACGAGAGCUGCUUGCUGCUUCUGCUUUAUCGACGAUGAUGAAGUCCCCGUGAACGAGGUGAACGAGGUGCAACAGGGCGGCCAGAAAGUGAUCCAGAACGAGUGCGAGGCCGUUGUCUACAGCUACUCCUUCUUCCACUUCAUCUUCUUCCUCGCCUCGCUCUACGUCAUGAUGACGCUCACCAACUGGUUCAGCUACGACAAUGCGCGGCUGGAGGUGACAUUCGUGCACGGCAGCUGGUCGACGUUCUGGGUGAAGGCCGGCUCCUGCUGGCUCUGCCUCGCCCUCUACACGUGGACCCUGGUGGCGCCCAUCUGCUGCUCGAAGCGAGACUUCCAGGUCUGACGGCCGCCGGUCGGGAGUGGCUCUCGGCCCCCGGCCACGGCCAUCCCCUUGACGGCUCCGGCUGCCGUCGCAAUGAGGGGGCACGCUUCCCUCUGCCGGCGAGUGCGCGCGCAUGUGCCAUCGUCCCAGGAAAACAACACCCGACGGGGCCUUGCUGUGCCGCUCUGAACUCUCUGCCUCGCACCCACGCGGACGCUACAGACAGAAUUAACGCUGGCCGGAGCGGGCAAGCUUUGGCCACACUUCCACUGAAUCUCCCUCCCUCGCUCUCUCGUGCGAUGCCCCCACACACAGAAAGCCGAUGCUAGCAGGGAGGUCUGUCUCCUGGUGAAGUUGAGAUCGUGGUUGACCGUCUCGCGUCGCUAUUUCAGCUCGGGUUAAGGACUCCGCAAGCCAGUGUUGGACGCUUUGCACACACACACACACAGACGACCGACAUGCAGUUGUAACACGGGUGGAAGGCCGUGUCGGCUGGGCGGACGACCUUGCGCGGACGUGGCACCGUGGAUACGAGACGGCCACCCACCUUCCAGCGACGCUGCUACUCCUGCUGCCCAGUUGAUGUAUGGCUGCGUGGGUGGUGGGGGGUGGAGGGCAUAAACCUUCGUGCGUGUCCUCUGUACCGAUUCGGUCUUUUUGUCCGAUCGUUUAAACAUUGAACGCGACGCCGCACUUUGGUUAAUUUUUCGAUCCUCCUGCUUAGUCAGGGCAGUCGCCUUACGAGCAGUAAAACUUCCUGCGGGCCACAAGCUGUGGGUCAGAGAUCUCCACGCCUUUCUCAACCACUCGCCUCGUCUUCCAACUUCCAAUCGAGGCAUUUGAAACAUUGGCACGCUCUUCACAACUGUUGAUCUUGCCAUCAUUCCUCACCGAGAAGCCGCUUGAAGGCUCUUCCCGCCCAGGUUGGACACCAUUGGGAGGUACAGCAUAUGGGACCUUUCUUGCCAGUAUCAAAAUCUAUAAGAAUAGGUUUUACCCUUUCUGGCAAUAACACAGUUGUGUUAAGAUGUUUAAACACCAAACAGAAACCUUUUUCAAGGAAUCAUGUCUGCAUUAACCACAUAAUUGUGGUGAACAUACAAACAAAAAUGAUUCUCUGAUAAAAACUGAUUGGUCCACACCAGAGAAAACUUUCUUUAGAUCUUAGUCUCAAACAGACAGCUUUCUUUAGAGCCUAGUCUAGUGUUUGAGACUCUGCUCUAAAGAAGCUAUAUCUGGUGUGGACCAAUCAGUUUCAAAGACAAUGCAUCAUCAUAUACUACCAGAGCAUCUUUUUGUUUGCAUGUUCACCACAAGUAUAUGUGGUUAAUACAGACAUGAUUCCUUGCAAAUGGUUUCUGUUUGGUGUUUUAACAUCUUAACACCAGUUUUUUGCCAGCAAGGGUAAAACCAAUUCCUGUACCAUUGGGAGGGUGAGUGGUAGACCUGAGGUCAUUUGAACGGAUUUUGGAGGUAGCUCACUGAUAUCCGUUUCUGCAGACCGUUCUCUAACUGCUCUGAGAGAUUACCAAAUGGAGUCUUUCAUCUCGCGAUACAACGCCGAUAGAAACGUUGAAAUUACAUUUCGGACGAAAAUAUAAAAGCCUCGAUUUUGAACGAUUGUCUGCUAUGCGGCAGCAUGAGUAGGCAUUGCAGGGUGUUUUUUCUCGGCGUGCGUGCCGCUCAUUCUGCUAGCGGCCGAGUCCAUCUCUAGAUUUGAAGUUUUCGUAACUGCAAGGAUUCAUACUCUUUGUUUUUUCGGUAAAGUCACGUGGGUAAAAAAUUCAAAUAAACUAAAUGACGACGUUUCGGGCGCAACACAAGCAUCCUUCUUAAGCGGUUGUGCUUUCGCUGAGUUGUCCCCACCUGAAGAAGGAUGCUUGUGUUGCGCCCGAAACGUCGUGAUUUAAUUUAUUAAAAUGUUUUACUUACGUGACUUUACCGAAAAAACCAAAGAGUAUGAGUCCAUCUCCCCCUUCUCAAUCUGGGCUAUGACAUGAAAAACACAGAACGCUCCGUUUCCGCUUACUUUAAUUAUAAUUUUGACCUUUUGUUAAGUAAUUAGGUCCAUUGAGUAUUUUAGAUUUUUAAGCAUAUAAUGUUGCUCAGUAUUACCCACGUAAAGUUUCACUAUCGGUGUUUCUUAUUAACGUACUUAUUUUUACUAAUUUCAAAUUCACGCUAAUAAACUUAACAGAUUAAUUACAUUUGAAUCACACAAUCGUAGAAAAAUGUAGUUCGGUUGUUAUCUUAUUGUUACACUAAAGAGCCCCUCUGUAUUUUGACGUGAACCUUGCCUUGCUCCAUUUGUACGAACAGUGACGAGCAUGACGUAUGCAGGAGGAUUGCCGUGAGACCCAAAUUCAUUCCCUGCUUCCCAGCUUCCUGUACUCAAGGCUGCUUCAGUGAUGAGAGUUUGGCUCUGUCCGUCGGCUAACGAAGCACACUCCCUUGCGACCGUCGGUUUUACAUCCGCCAUGUUUCUUACAUCCAUGUUGUCAGAAGGGAACGGUGAUGGCAAAGGUGCAGAGAUGGCGCACGUGCUCGUAGUGAAGAGUCCACGUGUCCACGCUUGCCCGACUGGGCCUCACGCAGCAGGACUCGGGCUGGUUUAGAGAGUCUUUGAUAUCUCGUCAUUUUAGGGGCGUCCACCUUUCCUCCGUGUAAAUCUCAGGUUUAACGGUCAGCAUCUGCUCAUCGCGAGAGGGUAGAGUUUGUGAGAAAUCGCCGUAACAAAGAGCACAGUGUUGAGCGUGAGUCGUUGAACAAAUUUGUCAAAGUGACGAUGAUGAUGAUCACUGCUCCUGUUUUGCCAUGAUGAUGUCUUGGCAGCGCCAGAGAGGGGUGCGUGAGUGACACACCGAGGGACCUGUGAAGAGGAGUCCCCGCCGCGCGUUCCAGUCUCUCGCCGUGCCUGCCACCGCGCGCGUGGAUCGCGGUUCACCCUGCCCCUUGCGUGUCUGCAUGGUUCUGUGUUGUCAGUUUAUUGUUUACUAAUGCAAUGUUGUAUACUUUAUAGGUUCAGUGCACUGGAUGUGAUAUACACUGCACUGAAUGUUGUGUCUACUCCACGAGUGCUGAGUGUGUUGAGCUUUGCUGCGCCGUCAUCACUGUUCACCGAGUAGCUUCCGUCGUAGAUGCCACUCUGCGAUCGUCACGCGAGUGUGUCGGAUUUUGCGCGGUGACCACAGAGGAGGAUGGCUCCCACCACGUUGAGAGCCGCGCCAAUUAAAACACCGGCGCCGCUUGUGAACGACAUGUCCACCGUGUGUCCACCAUGCUAAUGUACUUCACCAUUCCGUCUGCUAAAUACUGUGACCUUGUCAGAUUCGAUACCGAACCUCCCAAACUGCUGCCUCCAAAGUCUCCCACCAUCUGGUUUACGGUCUUCCCCUUCGCCCGCCUCUAACUUGGCCGCCCCCAUUCUGCGCGCGCGCCCCAGCGAUCACAACCCGUGUUGUCCCAGAUUGGGGCCUACAUUGUUUUCCCUGUUCUAUCUCGUGCUUCCUUGGUCGCUGACCUGCCUUGCAAAUGACAUUCCUAGCGUACUCUUACGACGUAGUCGUUAAACCCGCUCUACUAAACCACCACGCCUCCCUCAUGUGCCUCUCCUCAACCUCCUGCAUUUUGGACAUUAUUAUUAUUCAGCUGGAAGAACAUGAUGGGCUGUGAAUCUAUUUAGCAGUGUCCAAAGCAGAUCCACAGCGCCUCCACAUAUUCUCAUAACGCAGCUACGACUCCACGCCAUGCUUCCCUUGUGCCGUCUCGCAUCUCGAAGCAUCCUUGUAGCGGGAUAUCGGGCUCAGGCCUCGUACCCGAGAGUACGGCGCGGAGUCGGAGGUGCUCGUGACAUCGUCUCUUAAGCAGGUUUCAUAUCGCACACACUGCUAAACGUCACCCAGACUGCUCACCCACAGCCAUGCACGAGAUUAUCCUCUUGCACUCACAACGAACGACAAUCCCUGUCCCCUGCUUGAUGCUUCCAUUUCUUUUUCCUACGAUGCCAAAGCAUGUCACGAUGUCCCGCGUCUCUGUGCGUCUUGUUUCACCCACCGCACGUUUCCUACAUCGCGUGAGCGCACUAACCACCAGCGUCCCUCGCCUUGCGAGCAUCACGCAGGGUUCUGUACGUUCAAGUGUCCUUGGCUUCUCUCGGCAUUAAUCAGCAACUUCCUUUUAUAGUCCCACGUAACAGAGAUUUCGCUUGUCGGUACCACCUGAGGUCGCGUAGCUUAAAAGGUUUCAAUUUCUAAGUGUGGCCAAUGCAAGUGAAAUUGUGUGAUAACCACUUGUAAUGAGUGAGGCUAUCGAGCCAUUCGCUUGUAUUAGCCGUGUUAAAUAAAUCCAUAAGACUUCAAAGAGUUUUUUUGCUACCUUCCGUGGUACUAAUUUCUGCUCCGGCCCUUGGACUCUCGGGUCUCUGUUAUUUCCCGGCCAGGCAGGCGGCUUUGGUGAUCACCUAUUGCAGGUCGCCCUGGCACUUGGGUGUGAACUGCAUGGAACAAUAACUGGGGUGCCGUCCGAGUCUCCAAGAAGGGGGGGAGCCCUUACCCGGGGCCUCCUGUCACAGGGAGUUGGCUCCGUAUUGCCCAUGCCAUCGGCCUACCCGGAGGCUCGCCUACGUUUGGCAUUGCUGUGGUCACCCCGGUGCUUCCAUCCGUUUACCGUGAGCCCAUUGAACAUCAAACGGCACCAAGCUGGGGCAGGCCUGGCGCUGGGUGUGCGGGAUGUGCCACUGCCGACGCCGCUGUGUGACCACGCUGGCUCUGUGUACCAGGUAAUUGGGAUGUCAGCCGUGGGUUGUCCUGUGGUUUUCCGCAGCAUAGGAAUGUGUGGAUUGCCACCGCCCGCUCGGUGGGGUGGGGGGUGGUGUUGUAAACCAGAGGUGAAGCCCCCCCCCCCCACACACAGGAGAAGAAACCACCGACUCGGAGAGACGGAGCCGCGCGAAUUGUCGCCCGCGUCACGGUUGCUCGCCGGCUUCCGAUCAAUAAUGUAAUGAAACACUGACCCCUAACGUUUGUUGUGCAUGUGUUUUUGUUCUUAUCCUUCCAGUUAUGAAAAUAUUAGCUGACGUCCGGUUUUACAUUGUAUGCAGUUAUAUAUUCAUUUUAAAUGUCCUUAGUAUUGUUGCCUUUUUUUGAGUGCCUGUGGUUGAAACUAUAAAUGUAGAACUUUUAACAUAACGAAGUCACUGGAACAACCCCGCUAUGUAUCGUACGCAUUAUUGCCUUGCAGAGCAGCGAUGAGGUGUCGAGGUUUACCUGUGUGAACGCAGAAACUCUGUUGAAUGUUUUUUUUUACGGUGCUAUGGGCUGGGUUGUUAUUUUAUACACACGGCAGAUUGGUGUCCUGUAGUGGAAGUGUUCUCUUGGCCUGCUUUUUGUUGUUGUAUAGUUGUACAUUUUUAUUACCUUGUAGUAAACCUUUCUGAAACACA